AUGGUUUCUGUGCUUGGUGCGUGCUGUUGCGCACACACCGAUCCUGUGCUCUGUCUGAAGCACAGAGUCGAGUCGUUGUAGAAAUGUGAUGGGAGGGGAGAAGGAGAGGAGGGGGGGGAUCUGAAGGGUCUGGUUUAGGAUAUAUCACAGCCGCAUUGCCCAAGGAAUGAUUUACAUGUUACAUUGUUAUGUUAAAAUGGCUACUAUUUUACAGCAAAAGAUAUUUUAAUAUAUUGCAUAUGUAUAUUGCACAUUUGACGAUGUAAAACCACCCUGCCUGGUGUCAACACGAUAGUCCUAUAAUAACGGUUAUAAUAAGCAGUGUACUUAUGUGUAAAUAUGUGUGAAGUGCAUAUUUCCUUACGAGCCUGAAUAAGCAGCAGCUCAGUCUCUCAAAAUAAACCUCUUGGUUGUUAUCCAGUAGCCUAAAAUCCUAAUCAUAAUAUCCCAAAUUGUUUAUUUAUGGCCUAGUUUUAGUGUUGCCGUUAGAUGGCAGUGCUGUGUAAGAAAAAAAUAAAUAAACACGAACGGUCCUCUCUCAAUUGUCUUCCGUGUCCGGAACCUUUGGUCCGUUGGUCGUUGGUGAAACCGGACUGUGAUUAAGAAAGCACCGAGUGGAAGUUGCUGUUGUCGGUUGUUGUAGCUUAGCAACCGUCUUACGGCGCGACGUAGUAAUAGUAAAUAUUAAUAAUUGAAGUCGCAAUAUCGUCCAUAAAAUCAGUUCCUCUAACGUUUAACGUCGAGCGGUGCUGUUUGUGUCCGCCGGAGAUAAAGACUGCAGCUCCAUGCUAACCGAACAUUGUGUUUAAGUUUACUGUCGGAUAAAGUAAAUAGUUACUGUUAGCUUAGCAUGUCGGCUGUGAGCAGCCUUGUUCCUGCGCGGUUCUUGACCAUCAUAGCUCACCUUGUCAUCGUUAUCACCAUAUUUUGGUCGCGGGAAAACAACGUGAAGGCGUGCUUGCCUUUGGAUUUCACACAAGAGCAGUAUGACAGUGAAGACAGAAAGUUGGUGGUGGCGUUGGCGGUCACCCUCGGUCUGUUUGCUAUAGAGUUGGCCGGGUUCUUCUCAGGAGUGUCCAUGUUCAACUGCAGCCAGGGUCUCCUGUCACUGGCUGUACACUGCAGCGCAUCUGUAUCCUUGUCUUUCUUUGUGUUUGAGAAGUGGGAGUGCUGGACAUAUUGGGUUAUGUUUGCCAUCUGCAGUGUGCUACCUGCUUUUGUGGAGAUCCUUCUGUUCAUAGCUGUUUUUGGACUGAAGAAGAAGCCAUUAUGAAAAACAGUCCUGAUGUGACACCAACUCUAAUUUGUAAUUUGAUGUGAAAUCCUACAGCUUCGUCUCAAUGUAUCAGCAGAUACUGUGGCCACAGAAGGUCGGUGAGUCAUUAAUGAUGUAAGGCGAAAUCAACUGAAAAGCAGUGCUUGACUGACUUUUGUGCAUACACUGCAACAACAAACCUCAAGAAAACAACAAGCGAAUAUAGAAGUCUGUCCGCAAUGUGUUUUAUAUAUUUGUAUAUAUUUUGAAUGAAUAGUUUAGAAAGGCAGUGUUCGAGAAUGUGUAACUUUCUUUAACUUUGUCAAGAAAUAAUUUGUCAGUAAACAAGUUUUUGUGUUCUCUCAAUCAGUCUGUCAAAUUUCAGUGGAAAAUCUUCAAAUAAAUACAUUUUGUACAACUUCUUUCUUAA